AUGGGGAGAACGAGACGAGAGCCUGGGCUUGCGGCCCCAGCACAGUGUUCCAGGGUGGAUCACACAGAGAAGAGCCUGGAUCAGGACGACUGGGAGGACAGGCUGCUCCAGUUUUCCAGUCAGUCACUGGUGGCCAUCAAUGAUGACAGGUGGCUGGAGCAGCUCGACAUGGCCAUCCUGGAGAGGAUAAAGAAUGGCAAGGACAACGAGGAGCAGAAGGCUUUCCUGUACAAAUUUUUUGGCUUCACCCUGCGGACCUCCAAGAACUUGAAACUGGUGCAGAUGAUGCUCUCGGCCGUCCUACACACCUCCCACGAGGAGCUGCGGGAGAGGGAGGUGAGGCACAGGCUCCAGGAAAGGGGGUCGCUUGGAGAUUCAGAGGCAGGAUGGCGAGAUGGCCAAGAGCUCAGGCCUGGCAAGCCAGACUCCCCGGGUUGGAAUUUCAGCUCUGCCGCUUACUAGCCGUGUGCCCUCGGCGGGUGUUACUGAACCUGCCCGCGCCUCCGUUUCCUCCUCUGUUAAAUGAGGCUAUGGUGCCUUCCUCAGAGAACAUUUUCUAAAAAGCCUUUUAUUUUAGAAUGA